AUGACGGAGUGGACCCUGCUCAAACGUCUCCUGGAUGCUGUUCACCAGCACUCCACCAUGAUCGGUCGCCUGUGGCUCACCGUAAUGGUUAUCUUCCGGCUGCUCAUAGUCGCCGUGGCAACUGAGGAUGUGUAUACCGAUGAGCAGGAGAUGUUCGUGUGCAACACGCUGCAGCCGGGGUGUUCCACAGUUUGCUACGACGCGUUUGCGCCCAUUUCGCAACCUCGCUUCUGGGUCUUCCACAUCAUCAGCGUCUCCACGCCGUCCCUCUGCUUCAUCAUCUACACGUGGCACAACCUGUCCAAGAUGCCUCACAACACCACCCGGAGGCAGGGGCAAGAACCCGUGGCCAUCCCAGGGCAGGCAGGCCCAGAUGUAGGGCAAGGCGAUGGACGGGAGGUGUAUGAUCGGAGCUGCGACUCAGACAGCUGCUCCAUCCGCUCUCAUAAGCAUCUAGGUCACAGCCUGGCAGAUGUGCUGGAGGGCAUCACUGCCCAGGGGGCUGCAGAGGGUCAUGUGGUCUCUGGUGGGGUUCUGUCUAAAUGUUACAUCUUACAUGUGUGUUUACGGGCUGUUUUGGAGGUGGGCUUUGUCCUGGCUCAGUGGAAGCUGUUUGGCUUCCAGGUUCCUGUUCAUUUCCUUUGUACUUCGGCCCCUUGCAGCCAGCCGGUGGACUGUUAUGUCUCUAGGCCCACGGAGAAGACGAUCUUCCUGCUCUUCAUGUUUUGCGUCGGUGUUUUCUGUAUCCUGCUCAACCUUCUGGAGCUCAACCACCUGGGCUGGAAGAAGAUCCGGCAGGCUGUGAGGCUGAGGGAGAGGGCGUCCUGGGGAGGUUGUCCAGGUAUGAGGGAGGGGUAUAAAACCUUCCCUCCAGACAGCCCCUCUCUCACAUCCUUUUUAGGCUUCAGGGACGUGACCAGUACCUCCUCCCUGCCCACUUUGGACUUGGUGGUGGGUCACCAGCCUGACUGGACCUGUGCUGUGAACAGAGAGACUGUACCGGAGAUACCAGAGAGACAUAACUCCCAUAAAGGAGAGAGGCAGCCUCUGAAGAGUAAGAGGGGGAUCAGAGGGUCCAAGCAGAAGAGUGCCGAGGUCUGGAUAUAA